AAUUAUUUUAUAUGACAAGUAGUAUAGAGUUAAAAAUAAAAAUUACAUAUUAAAAUACUACAUCAAUAGUGAACAUGCAUUAUAAUUUGGAACGGAGGGAGUAACAUUUAAUAAUUUAUUCAAAUUUGGGCCUACUAAACGUUCCUCCUUAUUUUGACCUACAGCCCAACUCAUUAACUCUUCCCAUCGUCUCCUUCGCCCGCUUCCAUAGCCCUUCAACAAUUCAAUCCUGCGCGCCCUUCGCUACCUCAGCUUCUUCACUGCUUCCAUUGGUCUUGGUGGGAAAAUUGGCAGAGGAAACAACUAGUAUAUAUAGAUAAAAUGACAGAAGUACAGAAGGGCAUGCCGAACAAACGACAUAUUGGGAGCAAGAAAAGAAAUGGAAGAGCUAAAAAGAAGCAGAAGACGAUGCCUUUUAAUGAGAAAAAAGUUAGAAUAGAUAAAAAAAUGAAGAAGCUAUUUCAAAAGAGAGCAAGAGAGUACCAUUCAGAUGACGACGACGAUGACGAUAAGGAUGAUGAUUCUGACCGGGUGGUGGAAGAGUUGGGAGACGUGGCAUUUCAGGGUAAAAAUGAUGAAUUUGAAGACGAUACAUCUCAUGAUGAGGAAGGAGAUGUUGAGGAAAAGAAUGAUGAAUCGGAAGAUGAAGUUGGAGAAAUUCAGCCAGGAAUCACCAAGUUCAUGGAGGGAUGUAAGGCAUUCAAAAUUGCCUUCAAGAAAAUACUAAAGAAAACUGCUUCCGAUAAUGUACUGGGUCCCGUGUUAUCAGCUCAUAAGAAGCUUGUAGCAGAGAAACUUGCUGAAGAAGAAACAGAAAGGAAAGUGAAAGGUGAUGCAAAGAAGGAUAAACACUUGAUUGGAGAAAAGGGUCAUAUGAAGCCUGCUAAUUAUUUGGAUGCUCAUGAAAAGUUACUAAUAGGAAUUGCUACAAAAGGAGUGGUUAAGCUGUUCAAUGCUGUGAACAAGGCUCAACAUGCUCAAAGAGGCUUAAAUCCCGCAAGGUCAAGAGAUGAAAAAAUAAUAAAGAAGCGAAAGAAAGAUGCUUUCUUCUCUGAGUUGGGCAAGAGCUCAUCCCAGUCAGGUGGUAUUUUUCAAAAGGGUGGUACAUCUGUUGGGGCAAAAGAUAAUGAUGGUCCGGUGUGGGCUCCACUGCGGGAUAACUACAUGUUAACCCAUCAAAAGUUGAAAGACUGGGAUAAACAGCAGGACACGGCAACAGGAGAUGACUUUAGGAUGGCAUCUGCGGAUUCUUCGUCUGAUGAUGAUUGAUUUCUUGGACCGGUUGGUGUUCAACCCGAAUGACCAUUGUUUGUUGUUUGUUGAAGCCGAAUAUUUGUCCUGGUCAAAUGAUCCCAAUGUUUUUGUAGUGGCCAGAGUAUAACUUAUAAUAUUCGUCUGACCGGAGUUUUAUUUGCAAUUAUAAAAAGAAGAAGAAAAAAAAGAAACUAUGAAAGGCUUUUAGGGCUAAUAUGUUGAACACUUUUGAGUAUUGGAGAGAAGUUUUGGCCACCUUUGUUUUUGGUAAUUGUAAAUUCAGUUCUCUGUGGGAUUUUGGGGCGGUUGAAUUUUUCUGCCGAAUUUUUGAAAGAAAAAAAAAUCCUUUGA